AGACCCUAUAGUGAAUAGUGAUCGCACUGCAUUUCUGCAUGCAAGGAAGAAAUACAAGGAAGAAAUCGAUUCUGAUGACAUAUAACUCGUGAAAGAUGAUGGCAAAACUCUGUCUUGGGUUGCAAGUUGUUGUGAGUUUAGCAAUUUGCAUCUGUCGCGGUGGCGAUGCAGACACUGCUUUAGAAGACAGAAAUCGAGCAAGCGAAAUAACAACAUCGCAGUUGGCAAAUUUUGCUCUGGAUGAACAGACUGUUUUUAAAUUUCCUGUUAUUGACAGAGAUGGAAAUAUAGAAUACGAAGAUAUCUCUAAAGAAAUUUCGAUUUACCAAAGCGAGGAAUUUGGCAGGCAACUUUUGGGAAUGGAAAUGUAUGACGAUGUUGAAAAAAUACGUACUGAACAGAAUCCGCAAAGUUCUAUUAAACGAAUAAUAAAACUAUGGUUCGAGGGAGGAACCGAAAAUCCGGUGACUUGUAGAUUUCUUGCUGAAGUGUUGCGUAAUAUUGGCUUGAUUAACCGUUCUGAUGAUAUAAGGACCACGUGCGAACAUGUUAAUGUUCUGGACGAACCUUAUCGGCCUAGAACAUUAAAACGAUAUUACAAGCAACUAUCGGAAAUAUAUGAAAGGGAACCAGUUUUCGAAACCACCCUUUUUCUGCCAAAGAAACUACGUGAACUGAAGAUUAGUUAUGUGGAUUUGGAAAUGGAAGAAAAGGGCGCGACUGUUUCCUUAAGUGAAUUUCUGGAUAGCGUUCAAGAAGGGAAUAGAGUUCUAUUUCUCGGCAGGCCUGGUGUUGGAAAGACUACUGUCACACGAUACAUGACUAAGAUAUUGUUACAUGAUAGGCGUUUCUAUCUUGUUGUCAAAAUACAUCUUCGUGAUUCACUAAAAAGAAUUGACAGCUUGGUAGAGCUGCUUAAAGUUUGUCGUGAUGAGUCUUUUCAAUCCGAUAGCAUCAAGCGAAUAUCGAAGUAUAUAGAAACGAAAGUAGGAGCAGGUGUUAUCUUUUUGCUUGAUGGUUAUGAUGAUUACCAUGAACCUUCUAAUUAUAUUCAUGAUCUGCUGAAGAAAAUUUCUUUGAAGAAAGCAAUCGUAAUAUUAACGUCACGGCCAACUGCUGUUGAAAACAUAACAGGUUAUUUUGAUCGACAAGUUGAAAUAAUUGGAUUUGGAAGCGCAAGUAUACGGAGUUAUCUUGAACAAAUAAAGCUCCCAGAAGCUAAGCGACGAAUCAUCAAUCAUUAUCUUUCCAUCUACCAAAAUGUUCGACAGUCCUGUUAUUUACCACUGCAUUUAUCUAUGCAAAAUGAAGAACGGUAUACAGAGAAUACGAGCUCAUUAAGAAACUGCCUUUACGAUGUGGACAGCGAAACUAAUUUAUGUAUCAUCUUUCGGAAAAUUUAUCAACUAUCCUUUGAAGGGCUGAUGCCUGGCAUGAGAAAAAACGCCCUCGUUUCUACAUCUUUCAAUGAACUGCCUGCUAACUUGAACAUAUCUGCUAAACUUGAAGAAUUUAGCCUUUUCAAGGUGGUACCUAUUGAUGAUAGCGACGGUGCGAGGCUAUAUAAAUACUAUUAUUCACAUCCCACAUUUCAAGAGCUUUUCGCUGCUCUCCAUUUGACCACAUUGCCAAGGAAUGAACGACUUUCGUACGCUCAGCAUACCUCUAUGUACGAAGUGUACAAGUUUUUUCUAGGCAUAAUUGGCAACAAAAACGCCAAAAACUAUGACAGUGAAUAUCUUUCUCGAACAUUUGUUAGUUUCACAGUGGAAAGUGUGUACCGUAAUCAUAAACUUUAUAUGAUAAAAUGUGCUCACCAGCCUGGGCAAAAUUUCGUCCCUUUGUUAAAGGCAGCUGGUGUAAUAACUGAAAGUAACUCAUUGACAUUGGAUGUUAAUGCGUUAAUGGAACAAGACUGCUGGUAUAUUGGACAUGUCUUGCUAAGGUCACCAUUGUACAAAUUAGACAUAGAGGCAUUAGUAUCAGAAAAAAUUGCAUCGUGUAUUUCAGUGAUUGAAGAUUAUUUUAAACUCUACGAGCACGAAAUAUUGGAUAUUGUAGAUGUAAAACAUCUUGCAGUUGGACCAAAAAUAACCUGGCUGUCGCUAACUGCGGUAAGAGAAGACGCUGGUGUUAUGACCGUAAUGUCAGUAAUGAACUUUCUUUCCGUAUUUGAGAAACGCCUCAAACACCUGGAAUUGUCGUUCAUGACGUUCAAGAAUAAUAAAAGUGUCUUGCUUUUAGCUGAUACAUUGAAGUCCUUUGGCAAUUUGACCUCUCUUGUUUUGUUGGUUCACGUUGAUGUUAUCAGAGAUGGAGUUCUUGAAAUGGCAUUAAAAAACCUUCCUUCCCUAAAUCAUCUGAAGCUGGGUGUAGUUUUUAAUGGUCUUAAUAAUAUUCCCGGCAAUCUGCAGUUCCAAUUUAGAAACAUGAGGAAUAUAAAAAGUUUAACUCUUGUUCUCAUCGGGAACAUUCCGGGGAGCGUAAACAUGACAUCAUUGUUUGGGGAACUGAGGUACCUAACCAACUUACAAAGUUUGUCGAUUAUAUGCCGUAUCUGUAGAUUUCACAAUGCAACUGAAAUGCUUCAGGGAAUAAAAAGAGUUGCCGUUCCAGAGCUUGCAUUGGAGCUCAAUUUUUUUUCGAAUCUGCGAUAUGAUGGCUUUGGAAUUGUGUCUGUGAUAAACAAUAAAAUAAACGACACUGGUUUGGAGUUACUCGCUAAGGCAAUUGAAACUGGAUAUCCCGGCACUACGACAGAUGUUCCCCAACAUGUCAUAAGCUCAAAUGCUCUAGCAGCACUUACAACAUCGACAUCGUCAGCGUCAUUUUUGUGGAAAUUGAGGACAUCUCUUGGAACCGACUUAGAUGGCACGGGAACUAACAUCGCUAUUCUUGAUUCUGCUGUCGACUGUCAAUAUGCCACAUUACUAGGAAAACAGAUCACCUCCAUUGAUUGUUUCUUGCCAACGCUAUCAAAUAGAUUUGAUGAGCAUGGUACUUUGUGUGCUAGCAUUGCAAUUGGCUCGGCAGCUCAAAUAGAUGAAACAACUUUUAUCCAUGAAGGCGUUGCGCCAGGUGCAGCUUGCUUUGCCUAUCGAGUGACUGAAGGAAAUCGUUGUUUUUCUGAAGCAGUUCUCAAAGCACUUGAUGAUAUAAAAAUGAAAAUAUUGCAUGAACAUAUUCAAAUUGAUGUUGUCUCAAUAUCGCUUGAUAUCACAGAGAACCAGGAUGAAAUUGAGAAAAAGAUUUUGAGUCUUACGGAGAAAAAAGUGGUAUUUGUUGCUGCAGCCGGCAACCUUGGCGAAUAUGCAGUCGAGUCGUGCUUUCCCGCUAGACUUAAAAGUGUAAUAUCCGUUGGUGCCCGCGACAGAUGUGGUCGUGAAUCUAAAUUCAACUCUUGCGGGCAUAUCGACGUUUAUGCUAUUGGUGAAGAUAUUCCGCUAGCAGUAACGACAGAAACAACAGAAAAAACACAAACAAAAGCGAAAACAGCAACAACAGCACGUGCUGGCACAUCAUUUGCCACCCCUGCCAUAGCUGGGCUGGUGUUACUUUUGAAGCAACUCGCCAACAGAAUAGGACCACCUGCUUGCGAUCAUAUCCAUAACGUUGAAAUUUUGAGAAGGAUUUUUGACGAAGAUAUGCGUGUCACAUCAGGUAGUGGGAAAGUGUUGCACGCUCCGGGAGUAUUUCUUGAACGGGUGACAUCUCGUCCUGAUGAGUUAAAUGAAAUCGUAAGGAGGCAUCUACGUACAUUGGGGGAAGGUGCGAUGGAAACCGGCUAA